AUGAUCUUGGGAAAGGUGAGGAGCUUUAAGGACACCUGGGGCUUCCUCCGGUGUGACCGCGUCCAGGGCGACGUCUUCGUGGGUCUGCGAGGGAACCCUCAUUUGACCUCGCUCGCAGAGGGUGACCAGGUCCUCUUCGACCUUCGGACGGACCCCAAGGGCAAAAACGAAGCUGUGAACGUGCAGCCGCUCAUCACCGCGACCGCGGAGGCGGAGACGGGUCCUGCCACGGCGCGGGCGACGCCCGCCGCGCGCUACACCGGCCGGGUGAGAAGCUUCAGCGGCACGUGGGGCUUCAUCACCUCUUCCUCCUUCGAAGGCGAUCUGUUUGUGGGCUUGAGGAACAACCCGCAGCUGUCAGUGGCACUGACAGCCGGAGAUGAGGUCGACUUCGCCAUCCGCCGGGUGGACGGCAAGCAGGAGGCCAUCGAGGUGCGCUUGGUCAACGGCCACGCGCCGACUGCCAGCGCUCCUCCCCACGCGGAGCGAGCAUCUGAGCGCGGAUCCGCCGCAGGAGCCGAGGAGGUCCGUGCCACGGAGACCGCCCUGCGGCCGCUGCUGGGGUCGGAGCUUCAAGGCUCCGUGCGCAGCUUCCGUGACCCCUGGGGCUUUGUGGUUUCGGAGUAUUUCGAAGGUGAUCUCUACCUGCACAAGCGCCACAACCCCAACCUGGGGCCGGUGCAAGCAGGAGAUCCCCUUCGCUUCCAGGUCAGUGAAGAACCAGCCUCACAAUUUCAGGCCAUCGAGGCUACGGUGAUCAGCCAAGAGUUGGAGAUCUUGGUGGGUCAGCGCUUGUUUGGAUGGGUGAAGAGCUACAAGGACUCCUGGGGCUUGCUUUCUUCGCUCCGCUUCCCCGGCGACCUCUUCGUGGGCCUCGGAAAGAAUCCACAACUCAAGAGCCCCUUGCGACCUGGGGACGGCGUGGUGUUCAACGUGGAGUUUGAUGAGGCCAAGGGGAAGUUCCAGGCCACCAACGUGACCCGCACGGGUGGCACCGUCGAGCUCGACGUGCGCGGUGCGACCCGCGGACACGACCGUGGCGCGGCCGCGGGCAGGGCGGCCAUGGCCGUGGCCAGCGAGGAGCCCUUGUCCUCGAGGAUGAUUGGAGAACGAUGCUCUGGCGUCGUGAAGAGCUUCCGAGACGACUGGGGCUUUGUGAACUCAGAUGCGUUUGAAGGCGACUUGUUCCUUCACUUGGGCUCUAACCCUGGGCUCACACCCUUGCAGCCAGGCGAAGUGGUGGACUUCACCAUCUCCUCCAGCGGCGAGAAGCUCCACGCCACCGACGUGCGCCGCGCCGCGCCUGCGCCACGCUCGGCCGCGAUGGCACCAGGCACACUGAGCCUGCGGGACCUGGUGGGACAGCUUUGCGCUGGGACGGUGCGAAAGUUCAGCGGAGAGUGGGGUUUCAUCAACUCGAACCACUUCGAGGGCGACUUGUUCGUCGGACUGAAGAGCAAUCCUCACUUGAUGGGGCCUUUGUUGGCUGGUGACGUGGUGGAGUUCAAGGUCGUCAGGGACCUGACCAAGCGAAGCCGUGACACCGAGAGCUUCGAAGCCUCCAAUGUCGGCAUGCGGCAGCUGGAGAGUGGGACGGAGAAGUGUUACAUGCUGUAA